AUGGAGGAAGGCAUCCACAGCCUGCAGGAAAGGCAGUUGUCCAGGGAAUUCUUAGGAAUGGAUUAUCCUCCCCUGUACCUGUGCAAGCCCAAAAGAGGGAUCAAGCGAGACGACACCAAGGAGACGUACAAGCUUCCUCACCGUCUCAUAGAGAAAAAACGAAGAGACAGGAUAAAUGAAUGUAUAGCCCAGCUGAAAGAUUUGCUGCCAGAACAUCUCAAGCUCACAACGUUGGGGCACUUGGAAAAAGCGGUUGUGCUGGAGUUAACUUUGAAACACUUGAAGGGUUUGACAUCCCUGACGGAUCAGCAGCACCAGAAAAUUAUCUCCUUACAGAACGGUGAGCGUUCCAUGAAAUCUCCCCUCCAAUCAGAUCUGGAUGCCUUUCAUUCCGGUUUUCAGACGUGUGCCAAAGAAGUCCUGCAGUACCUGUCGCGCUUUGAAAGCUGGACUACCCGGGAUCAGAGGUGUACCCAGCUUCUCAACCACCUUCACACCGUGUCCAGCCAAAUUCUACCCCAGCUCCCAGCUCCUCUUACAACAGGUGCCCACCGGCAAGGCUUCUUCUCAGUCCCCCAGCCGAGGGCUGCCUAAGGUGGAGAACCAAACAAACUGUGUGCCUGUUAUCCAGAGGACGCAUAACUUGGAGCUUAGUGAAAAUGACACAGACACUGACAGCGGUUAUGGAGGUGAAGGGGAAAAGUUGGAGUCAAAAUCUGAGGGACAGAACAAUGUAGGAGCCAAGGGCCAAGGGGCCAAUGGUGUGACCGUGAAACAGGAGCCACUGGAUGAGCCUGCACCCAAAAGGUUUAAGCCAGACUGCUCUGGACCCGGCAGCACAGCUGUUGAGACUGAACCAGCUGUGCGACCCGACGCCAACCUGCUUAACUCUCUCAUGGGAUUUGGAAGUAGCCCUUUCAGUCAGCAGGCCCCUUUCUGUUUGCCAUUUUACUUCAUCUCACCCUCGGCAGCUGCUGCCGCGGCAGCCUACAUGCCUUUCUUAGACAAGGGCAACUUGGAGAAGUACCUCUAUCCAGCAGCCGCUGCUGCUGCAGCCCCUAUCCCUUUCAUCUACCCGGGUUUACCUGCCCAGCGGCUGGUACUUUCCCAUGUCUGUCCUCCGUCCUGUCCCCUGAAAAGUUAGCAAGCUGCUCCACUGCCCUACUCCCUGACCUCCCCUCAUCGCCCUUCCAGGCUGGUCCUGUCAUGACCGACCUACAAGACCCUUUACAAGAUCUCCGGCCGCCCCCCAAGGACAACUAA